CGAUCAGAAGCUGCGGUCAUCAUGGCCCGUAUGGGAAUGCACGAUGACAUCUAUGAGGGUUUGCUUCGGGCCAAGGGGGAGAUGAUCAACAGGUUGUUCCUGCAGGCGGACACCACUCCACGUCUCCGGGUGAACAUUUCAGAGUACGAGAAAGAUCGAGUGAUUAUGGGGAUGCGAUACGGAGCGCUGGAACCCAGCUUGUUUCACAACGCACGCAUGACUGUGAUCCUUCCUCUCUUACACUUCUGGAGAAGAUUCUGUGUCAAAAAUGCCUUAAAAAUAUUCGGCAAACCCACACGACAAUGGAGAAAGGAGUACAUUGAGCCAAAUUACUUGAAGCAAUCUAUUGAAUAUCGUAUUUCUCAUAUAAACCCUUUGUUUCCAGGAGAGGAUGUCCCGAUUCUCAGAUUCACAUUAGCCAAAGGAAUACAAAUGCUGAUCCCUGUAGAGCAUGAUGCACAUUCAGAGACAGCGGGAAGUGAAGCUUCAGGACAGAGAAAUGUCACCCCAAGCCCUGCCAAUGGUAAUCAGGCAGAAGUCGGAAAAAAGGGAAGAAAAGAAAAGGCAACAUAAUUCAAGAAUUCAGCCUACCAAAAGCAAGGCGCCCACGAGCACAGCUGAGGAGGGGAGUAAACUGGAAACAUUGCAAGGGAGGCGAGAGAUUGAGCUUUCUAUUACAAUAAAUAAUUUUCAUAUUUU